AUGGCUCCCAAGCGCAAGGCGGACUCUUCUGGUGGUAGUGAUCGAAGAAAAGAAAGGAAUGAUGUUACAAAUGAAGUACCUACUGGGAGCCUUGCUGAAGAUGACUGGUAUAUAGCAGGUGGUAGUUCAGGUGGGAGUGCUGUAGCAGUAGCAACGGGCUCAGCAUUUCUAGCCUUGGGAUCUGACACUGGGGGUUCAGUUCGAAAUCCUGCUGCAUAUUGUGGAGUUGUUGGCUUAAAGCCAACUUAUGGUGUUGUUCCACGACACGGCCUUAUUAGCUUGGUCAACUCAAUGGAUGUACCAGGCCUCUUUGCAAGAACAGUUGAUGAUGUUACUACUAUGCUGUCUGUUGUUGCUGGAAUUGAUAGCCAGGAUUCUACUAGUGUUGAGAGUAAUCUUCGAGACCUUCGACUGCCCAAGGAUCCUCGUGUUAGUGGCUUGGUUUUUGGUAUUCCAAGAGAAUAUCAGACCAAUAUGGAUCCUGAGGUAAUUGCUGUCUGGACAAGAGUAGCAGAUUUACUGGAGAAUAAUGGAGCACAAGUUCGAGAAGUAUCACUUCCACAUACAAAAUAUUCCAUCAUCUGCUAUUCUGUCUUAAACCCAUGUGAAGUGGCAUCAAACUUUACAAGAUACACAGGUGUAGAAUAUGGUCAUCGAGCUGAUACUAUGAAGUCUAUGGAGGCUUUGUAUGCAAAGUCUAGAUCAACUGGCUUAAAUGAUGUUGUUAAAAGUCGAAUACUUGCUGGCAAUUAUUUCUUAUUGGAAGAGAAUAAGGAAAAAUAUUUCAACCAGGCAUUAAAGGUGCGCAGGCUCAUAUGUCAAGAUUUCAGAAAUGUUUGGUCUUUAGGUGUUGAUUUUUUGCUUACUCCAGUGACACUUUCUCCCCCCAUUAGGUGAGUACCAUGUUUGAGGUAG